UUCCUCGCAAGCUGCAGCUUUUGGCGUUGGACGCAAUGAUUCGCAGCAUCAACUUGCGACGCUGUACGGCAAGAUGCCGUCGAAUAUUCGCAUGUCACUACCGUUCCCUUUCCGCAAUCCCUCGACCAGCCGCCAUGCCAAGUUCUAAAGGCUGGACUAUCCUCGGCGUCGUCCUUCCGCUCCCACUUUUGCUCAUAUCACAAGAUCGCUGGCUAGAGUGUUCACCAACAUUCAACGGGGUCCCUGUAGCAGCGACAUUCCUCAUGCACCAAGCGCUCCCAAGGUUCGAGAAGAAAUUCCCUGGUCUCGAAAUCUCGGCCGUCUACGAUGCCAACCGGCCAGAGGAAUACAAAUAUGAGGAAACUGGACUGUUCAGUUCUCUGAUGCCUUCGCAUGCAAUCGUCGAGGUACCUGUGUUUGAGAAGCUGUCUGAGACGGAGGAGGCGAAAUUGGGAGUAUCGGGUAUAAGGAAAAAGCCCGUGGGAAGAGUACAGUUGAAGGGCACCUGUAGUAUUGGAUGUGCAAAGGUAGAGUUGACGGAAAUAAGAGUGUUCAAGAAUAAUGGACAAGUUGUAUGGGAAUGGAAGAAGAAGGGUGCUUGAAGUGCUUUAUGAAGCAUGCCGUUUAUGUAUUUAGUUGGCAAACAUGUGAGGGCUGAUCUCAAGGGAAUCCCAGGCAGGAUGGUCAUCCUCCAUCAUACUCGUUUGAUACAAAAUUCCACGCAGAACAAUAGAUGAAAUAAUUAGAUUUAUACAUUCAGAACGGCGCUUAAGCACUCCCUUUCCCUUUGGCCUUGCCCUUGGCCAUUUCCAUCGCCUCUUCCACGCUCAUCGGA